AGGUCCCCAUCCGCUCAAGCAGGCCACCAUGUGCCGAGGCUUCUCUUUCAGGCACUUGCUGCCGCUGCUGCUCCUGCAGCUGUCAAAACUCCUAGUUGUCACCCAAGGAAAGACCGUGGUGCUGGGGAAAGAAGGGGGUUCAGCAGAACUGCCCUGUGAAAGUACCUCGAGGAGGAGUGCAUCCUUCGCGUGGAAGUCCUCUGACCAAAAGACAAUUCUGGGCUAUAAGAACAAGUUAUUGAUUAAAGGUUCGCUUGAGCUGUAUAGUCGUUUUGAUUCCAGAAAAAAUGCAUGGGAGAGAGGAUCAUUUCCCCUCAUCAUCAAUAAACUUAGGAUGGAGGACUCUCAGACUUAUGUCUGCGAGCUGGAGAACAAGAAAGAGGAGGUGGAGUUGUGGGUCUUCAGAGUGACCUUCAAUCCGGGUACCAGACUGUUGCAGGGGCAGAGGCUGACCCUGAUCUUGGAUAGCAACCCUAAGGUCUCUGACCCCCCGAUAGAGUGCAAACACAGAGGCAGUAACAUUGUCAAGGACUCCAAAGCUUUCUCCACGCACAGCCUAAGGAUUCAGGACAGUGGCAUCUGGAACUGCACCGUGACCCUGAACCAGAAGAAGCACUCAUUUGACAUGAAACUCUCAGUGCUGGGCUUUGCGAGCACAUCCAUCACGGCCUAUAAGAGUGAGGGGGAGUCAGCGGAGUUCUCCUUCCCACUCAGCCUUGGAGAGGAAAGCCUGCAGGGAGAGUUGAGAUGGAAGGCAGAGAAGGCUCCUUCCUCCCAGUCCUGGAUCACCUUCUCCCUAAAGAACCAAAAGGUGUCUGUGCAGAAGUCUACCAGCAACCCCAAGUUCCAGCUGUCCGAAACGCUCCCACUCACCCUCCAGAUACCCCAGGUCUCCCUUCAGUUUGCUGGUUCUGGCAACCUGACCCUGACUCUGGACAGAGGGAUACUGUAUCAGGAAGUGAACCUGGUGGUGAUGAAAGUGACUCAGCCCGACAGCAACACUUUGACCUGUGGGGUGAUGGGACCUACCUCACCCAAGAUGAGACUGACCCUGAAGCAGGAGAAUCAGGAGGCCAGGGUCUCCAAGCAGGAGAAAGUGAUUCAAGUGCAGGACCCUGAAGCAGGGGUGUGGCAAUGUCUACUGAGUGAAGGUGAAGAGGUCAAGAUGGACUCCAAGAUCCAGGUUUUAUCCAAAGGGUUGAACCAGACAAUGUUCCUGGCUGUCGUGCUGGGGAGCGCCUUCAGCUUUCUGGUUUUCACGGGGCUCUGCAUCCUAUUCUGUGUCAGGUGCCGGCACCAACAGCGCCAGGCAGCACGGAUGUCUCAGAUCAAGAGGCUUCUCAGUGAGAAGAAGACUUGCCAGUGCUCCCACCGGAUGCAGAAAAGCCAAAAUCUCAUCUGAGGAGGCCUGGGCCCCACCUGCAGCCCCGCCUGUGUCCUGUCGCUGACCCAGGCCUGUGGACCAGAUGAAUGUAGCCCACACAGUGCCUCUGGCCUCCUGCUUUUCUCUUCCACAACUGGCCACGGUUUCUCUGCCUCUGUUCCCACGCCCGUUGGCUGAGCUUGCGCUCGGCUGUGUUUCAGACACUCAAGCACACCCAGCCAGCUUAUUGAUCCUCUGUAGCUGCCUUUACGCCAGAGCCCAGCCCUUCUCUGACUAACAUCCUGGAUCUUCUUUCCAGCUGUCUGCUUGGAUCUAAGGGCACCUGACCUGGAUGGUAGGACUGGUGUCUGGAAACACACAGCACAGUUCAGGAGAGAGCUCUGGGACCAGGCUGAGUGGGGGCCUCACGCACGUCACACAUCCUUUCAGGGGCAGAUGCAGUCUGAAGAGGGCCCGCCGGAAGUCAGCCUCGGCUUCCCUGGCUGUCUGCUUCUUGUUUGAGGGGGCAAGACCAGACUCACAUUCUGACUAGCUCAACGACACAUGUCCAGACCACCUGCACACGGCCACACACCUGUCCAUAUAUCGGAACAGCAUAUCUUAAUUCGUAAGCCAGUUUAACGUCCUGGGUGUUUGACCCUCACAGAAACCUUACAUGUGGGUUAGCACGAUGGCUCAGUAGUAGAAAGCUCUUGCUGCCAAGUGUGGUGACCUGAGUUCGAUUCUUGAGAGCGGAAGUAGAGAAUCGACUCUUGAAAGCCGUCCCCAUGUGUGUGUGGUGACCCUCAUGUGUACACACACACACACACACACACACACACACACACACACACACACGCACGCACGCUGAAACCCUACAAGCUGACAGUGACAGCCAAGAUGGCAGAGAGAACCAAUCAUCCCUAGUAAAAUGGAACGUGGGUUGAAUGAACAAGUGCUGAUGUGGGACCAACCCAGAACUUCUGAUCCCUAGAACCUCUGUGUGAGAGACAGGGAUGACCGCCACACAGAUCUCUGAGCAAGUCCUAGGCACCAAGGACACACAGGAGCAUAGCCCAGGCGGAGAUCAUGAGAGGAUGGAGAGCUUGUUUCAAAUCCUCCUUGACCACUGCUGUCCGGCCGUUUACCAAAGGACAAAACCCUGCUUCUCUUAGAGUGAGGCUGGGAGAGAUACAGAGAGACCCGCCCCUCAGUGUGUGCAGAGCCUGGGAAGUGAGCAGUGCCGGGGUCCUUCAUGGAGAGCACUGUGGCAGGUGGUACCUUCCGUCCUUCCCACACAUCCGGGGAGGUCAGGGGCCUAAGGACUCGCUCCGCUGGUCUUGAUCUGUUCCUCUCAGAUUCUCAGCCUCCUCUGCCUCUUUCUGAUUUCUGGCUUUAGGAUCUCCUGUCCCCCUCCCAACCCCUUUCCCUGUUUUCCUAUUUUCUUCCCAGCUGGCCUCUUCUAGAAACAUCCCCUCCCCAUUUCUCCUCAUUGCUCGCUUCUUAUUUUUGCCCACUCCCCACUCCUGCUUCCUGAGCUGACAGGAAAAUAAAGGCUAUAAAUAAAAUGCA